UGAGGGACGGGGAGGGGGCGGCGCUCGAGCUCCCCGGGGACCCCUGCGCUCCCCGAGGGGCGGCUCGGCGCGGCGCGGCGGAGGGGCCGCGGACCCGACCCCUCCUUCCCUCCCUCUGCCCAGCGCCUUGGGGCGGGGUGACAGCGCCGCGUCCCCCGCCCGCCCCCGCCUCCCGGGGAGCCGUCCCCGCUCGCACCAUGUCCCCGCAGGGACCCCUGCGCGCCGCCGCGGCGUCCGCCGGCUUGCGGGUCGCUGUUCCUCCGGGGGGCAAGGGAAUAUAAGGCUGAGAAUCGGGGAGGCGGUGCGGGCGCGGAGCCUGAGCGCAGAGCACCGUCAGAAGAGGAAUGGAUGUAACAUGAUACCCUUGCAGUACUCAAAACACAAAAAUUCUGCAAAGAUUUGUUUUUUCAUUAAGUAAUACAAAGAAAAUGGAUGAAUCGGCUUUGCUGGAUCUGUUGGAGUGUCCUGUUUGCUUAGAACGCCUUGAUGCUUCUGCAAAAGUCUUGCCUUGCCAACACACGUUUUGCAAACACUGCCUGCUGGGCAUUGUGAGCUCUCGCAAUGAGCUGCGAUGUCCCGAGUGCCGGACUUUGGUGGACUGCGGUGUUGACGAACUCCCCAGUAAUAUUUUGCUUGUUAGACUACUGGAUGGCAUCAAACAGAGGCCUCGAAAACCCGGCGCCGGCAGUGGGACUGCUGGCACAAACGCUUUAAGGGUCCCCAUCAACUCUCUAGCUAAUUGCGGAUCAAAGGACCUGCAGAGCUCGCAGGUUGGACAGCAGCAAAGGGUGCAAGCACGGAGCCCUCCUGUUAGGGGUGUACCUCAGUUACCAUGUGCCAAAGCACUGUAUAACUAUGAGGGAAAAGAACCUGGAGAUCUUAAAUUCAGUAAAGGAGACAUCAUCAUUUUACGUCGACAGGUGGAUGAAAAUUGGUAUCAUGGAGAAGUCAAUGGCAUCCAUGGCUUUUUUCCUACCAAUUUUGUUCAUAUUAUUAAACCUUUACCUCAACCUCCACCUCAGUGCAAAGCACUUUAUGAUUUUGAAGUAAAAGACAAGGAAGCAGAUAAAGACUGUUUACCAUUUGCAAAGGAUGAUGUUCUGACUGUAAUUCGCCGUGUGGAUGAAAACUGGGCAGAAGGAAUGCUGGCUGACAAGAUAGGAAUAUUUCCAAUUUCAUAUGUUGAGUUUAACACAGCAGCCAUACAGUUGAUAGAAUUGGACAAGCCCUCAGGUUCUGCUGUUGACUCUGGAGAAGGUACCUCUGGGGCAGCCCACAACAAUUCAACCCAAAAGCACACCGAUACUAAGAAAAACACCAAAAAACGACACUCUUUUACCUCCCUCACCAUGUCCAACAAGGCUUCACAGUCUUCUCAGAAUCGCCACUCCAUGGAAAUCAGUCCUCCUGUCCUCAUCAGCUCCAGCAACCCAACAGCAGCGGCCCGCAUAAGUGAGCUGACGGGACUGUCCUGUAGUGCCCCCUCUCAGGUUCAUAUUGGCACUACAGGGCUGAUUGUGACUCCACCCCCCAGCAGCCCAGUCACAACAGGGCCUUCCUUCACCUUCCCCUCAGAAGUUACCUACCAAGCUGCCCUUGGUAAUAUGAAUCCCCCACUUCCGCCACCACCUCUCUUGUCUGCUGCAGUCAUUGCAUCAGCCACUUCUGGACCUCAGUCUACAAGUGUCAUACAAAGGUCUGCAUCAGGAUCAAGUGACCAAGUUGCACAUUUACGACAACAAACUCGUCCAAGUGUGUAUAUUGCUAUCUACCCCUACACUCCUCGAAAAGAAGAUGAACUGGAACUGCAGAAAGGAGAAAUGUUCCUAGUGUUUGAACGCUGCCAAGAUGGCUGGUUCAAGGGAACUUCCAUGCAUACAAGCAAGAUCGGUGUUUUUCCUGGAAAUUAUGUGGCUCCAGUUACAAGGAUGGUGACAAGUGCAUCACAAACAAAAGUUCCCAUGUCUACUGCUGGCCAAACAGGACGCGUGGUGACUAUGGUCAGCCCUUCCACUGCUGGUGGAACAUCCCAGAAGCUCCAGGGGAAUGGUGUGGCAGUGAACUCCAGCACAGUACCCACAGCAGUGGUUUCUGCAGCACAUAUCCAAACCAGUCCACAAACCAAGGUCCUUAUGCACGUGACAGGACAAAUGACCGUCAACCAGGCUCGAAAUGCAGUUAGAACAGUUGCCUCACAUAGUCAAGAAAGACCUACAGCAGCAGUCACACCCAUACAAGCACAAAGUCCAACAUGCCUUAUUCCUGCAGCUGUGAUCAUUCCCCAUCACUCUGUUGCCUCCCAGCAGCUCCAGCCCCAGCUUCCAAAUACUGCUGCUUAUGUCACGGCUGUGAAUGUGAACCGCUCAACCAUCCCACUGGCAUGUACAGCAGCUUCUUUGAAUUCUCCUAACAUUGCUACUUUAUCUUUGGAGGGAGAUAUCAGUGGGAAAACUGCAAACACUCACCCUGGAGCUCCUGCAUCUCCAGAGAGUGCUUUAACAGCUGGUGGAAAUGGUGCUGUCAGUAAAACAGACAAGGAUGGCAAGAAAGAAAAAAAAGGUUUGCUGAAACUACUUUCUGGAGCAUCCACUAAACGCAAGCCUCGACUGUCCCCUCCAGCGUCACCCACGCUAGAGGCUGAGCAGGCUGCUGCAGAGCUGGCCCUGCAGGGUGCAGUGGGGCCCGAGCUCCCAUCAGCCAGCGCUCACAGCAAGCCUGGCUCCUGUCCCGGUGACAACGAGGCCCCUGGGCUGGCACAGGAGGCCCUGCAUCGCAAAGCUGGGUCCCUGGAUUCCUCCGUUCCCGUCGCCCCGCCGCCUCGGCAGCCGUGCUCAUCGCUGGGGCCGGGCGCCACUGAGUGCAGGCCUCUCAUGUGUGAAAGGUACAGGGUUGUGGUAUCCUAUCCUCCUCAGAGCGAAGCAGAACUUGAACUUAAGGAAGGUGACAUUGUUUUUGUACACAAAAAAGCGAGUAACUUCAGAAAAGAGUAUGUAACCCCAUCUCAGUCUGUUCAUGAUGGAACUACUGUCUCACCAACAGCGUAUCAGGUGCACAAUAGUUGUAAACUGCUUUCCUUAAGGAAGAAGUGUCUGGUGUAAUGGACCUGCUGUGGAUAUAUUGGAAGAGGUUGAAGCAUCUGCCUGAACUUCCACUGUGGGCAAAAGUGUUGGUGGCAAGAGACUCGUUUGCCUGAAGAAGUUUUCUGUGCACAGCAGUCAGGCAGCAACUGGCUAAGGAGGAGACCUUGAUUUGCAUAUGGCUACAUGUCUGCCAUAUACAUGUGGCCUCUGGGAAAACUGGUGGAAAUUAAUCCUAAAAGUGUUUGACAAUGUUUGAGACUUGGUAAAUGUUGCAGCUGCUGUGAUAAGCUCAGUGUUAGGUGAGACUGAUGAGCAGAACCUAAAUUGUGCUAGCAGUGAAUGGCGCAGCAUUGGGUGCUCCUGACAGAAGCAGCAUCUCAUCUAACCUUCCUUAAUUAAGGGGAAUGAGGGGAGGGGGAAGGCAACACGAUUUGUAGAAAUGCAGAAUGGAGAAUAUAGAAAAGCAAGAUUUGUUUUUUCAGAAUUGUGGUCUGACAUCAGUGCAUCCAUAGAAGAAAAGUACACACAAACAUCGUGGCUGUGUAGCAGAAGACUAUUUCUUUGGGUUUGUUUGUUUGUUUGCUUGGUUUGUACUGUAAUUAUUGAGUAAUUCUAAUAACGUGUUUAACAUUUGGCUUGCCAAAGGUACAUGAAAUGCUGUUCACCCUCACUUCAUUACCUCUGCCUUAUAGCAGUAAUGACAAUUAUGAUGGUUUUGCAUAGGCUUAAAAAUAUGGCUUCUGAGCAUUCUGGCAUUUUUCAGGGAGCUGGCAAAAUAUUAUAUCUGGCUAGUUCUUUCCAAGUAGCUUUAAGCAAAUCUGUUCAAAGGUGCACAUUGACCUUAAUGAAACACAAGAAUCCACUUGUCUAGUUAAAAAGAUUUGUGUCUGGCAUUGUUGCAGCUGUGAGGCUUGGUAGGCCUCUCUGGUGGUCAGUUGCCUAAGGGCAGAAAUGCCUAGUCAUGGUGACUAGGCCAAAAUAACCCUUCUCCCGCGCUUGGACCCUCUCUCAUCUCCCUGUAAGACAAUAGGUCACUUUCUACCCCGACUCAUACUAUUGGACCCCUUCUCAAAACCUCGGUACCCUAUAAAAACCCCACUUUUCCCCCAGCUCAGUAGAAGAGCUGUCCCUGAAACCCUUCACGGAAGAAGCUAAUAAAGAUUCAUCUGUGGAACUUCAUACGGCACUUCUCUCUCUCCCUGUGUCUGCCAAGGCACCUUAGCAAGCUUAUGAGCUGAGAAUCACUGCAAAAGAGCUGAUCACUGCUAAGAGCUGAAUAUCACUAUAACUAAGCUUGCUAAGUGUUGCCUGUGCCUGGGAGCUUUGCCGGAGUUGCUUGGGCAGGGGGGUACGUAGGUGCACCCCUAACCAGGAACAACCAAGGCAGCCGAGACCGACCGAAGCUACCGGGAGAAAAACAAAACCUGGCGCACCAACUGCGGUGAAAAACCCAGGAGAGCAGCCUUCAUCGCGAAGAGUAACUGCCUUGGUUCGCUAGAGCCCUUCUGAAGAUAACUUCUCUGUUAUAGAAGAAUUUCUCUGCAGAAGGUGUCUGACGACCCUCUCAGUCCAGCCCUGAGGAGUCAGACAUUGGCAGACCACCCUACCAGCAGUUUUUGACCCACAUUCAGCUGAGGAGUAAGUAGAUUCCAGCCUUUUUUGCGCGCAAGUUCUUUACUUGGGUCUUUUUCUUUUUAUUUUUAUUUCUCUUUUUUCUGCUGGGAGGGGAAUGGGAACCACAUUACUAUGGGAUCAAAAAAUAGUAAAUUCAAACGAUCCCAGAACGAGAGAGACUUAUAUUUAGAAAUCUUAGAAAUUCUAUCCCUUAACAACCCUUCUUUCUCUAAAAGUAAAAUCUUAAAAACUAACUUGAAAAAGUUUAUAAAAUGGAUUAUUUCCCAGUUUCCUGAUACUAAUACACACUCUAUCACUUUAGAUUCUUUUUGGGACUCAGUGGGGAUAAAAAUAUACACUUCCCAAACUAAUGGAGAUUUCUCUGUUACACGAUUUCUACCCAUUUUUCAUAAUAUUACCAAAGUAGUAGAACAAGCAAAUAUUAAGAAAUCUCCAAGUCCCCCUGCAGAGAGCAUUCCAACUUUAUCUCUCUGUCCUGGUUUAGGACAAAAUUAGGGGAAAAUCCCCACAACUCCCUCCCCCACCACCGGGUUCGGGAGGAAUUUUUUUCAGAGGAAAAGUGGAAAAAACUUGGUUAUUAAGAAACAACAAAAAACCACUCCCCAACACAAGAGAAACAGUCCGAGAUGACAACAAGUGUUUUCACCAGUCCAAGAGAGGGUGAGCAGUCUCUGGUGGGGAGGGUGCCAAAGCUUCUCUCAGGUGCAGACUCUGGGGGGGGGGGGGGUCCCUUGACUUUCCCAAAUCAGGGCCCGAAGCAGGUCCGAUGUCUUCAGGGAAGGGGAGGAAGGAAAGAAGGGGAAAAAACAAAAGCAGAAAAAUGGCAAAAAGCAAGCAAAAAAAAAAGCAGAAAGCAAGAGAGCAAAGCCAGCAAAGCAGCCUAAAGCUACCAGCAAGCAAGCCAAAAGCAAGCAGCCGGGGGAGGGGCUCAGCUAUAGACAAAACAAACUGAGAACAUGGGAACAGAAACACACGAUUUGGGAUACAAAGCAUGAAAAUGUCCUGUCACCCCAGGACACUCUCCCGACAGACUGUGUCCUUUCAAAUGCUAAUCUUCCCCCCCUCUCUCCAAAUGCUGGCCACCACAGGGGAGUAGGGCCCGAAUGCGCCGCUCCUGCCCCGCUCCCGCCCUGCGCCCCCGGGACCACGGCGGCCCCCG